AUGGUUCCAAAGCGAUCACAAAAACUGCGACUGCUUGGAGUUUUUUGCUUUCGAGGGGCAACUCCAUUACUUCAAAUGUCUCACUUUUUGCUUAUUCGUAAGUCCAAGAAUCUUCACGAAAGUGCUGAGACUGAUAAAGUUAGUACGGUCAAUCUGGUGGUUUACCUGGGUUGUAACACCUUCCCGCCCAUAAAAAAUAAAAUAAUAGCAUACGUAUACGUACGUACUCUAGUACCGUAG